CGCUCCACAAGAUGAAUUUCACAGAGAUAUUCUUGGUGAUUCCGUUCUUUCUAGCGACUAAAAUUGUCUUCGACGCGGAUGAACUUUUGUACUACGUGAAUCUUGGACCAGAAUAUAUAUUCAAUCUGCAAGUGACCACCGAAACAUAUAUGCGGUCAAAACAAGUACAAUACAAAGAUGUUUUUUCGACGCUAAAGUGUCGCCCAAAGAUGUCAGACAGUCUGCUUUGCCACUUACAGUACUUCAAGACUUUUGACGAACAAAUAGAGUUUGAUGAGUCUGAUACCUCAUUAAGUACUUCAGCAAUAUUUGAGAUGAAGUUCAAUGAGAGCGGUGUAGAGAGAAUAUUAACUAAUUCAUCAGAUCCCUUUAAAAGGGAAUUAAUGCAAAAAAUCGCCAAACAGUUGAGCACCGGUAUCGAUGUACAGCGCAAUUUUAAUGGUAGUUCUAUAAACUACUCGAUAGACAAAACACCAACUUUGAAAUGUCGAACUACGUAUAAUAUCACGUAUCUUGAGCCGAAAAUAAAAAUGGCAAAACGGAAUACUAAUUUUCAAUUCGCGAUAUUGCCGAUGUUCGUCUUAAAACCUGAUUCGAUUUUUAUGAUACGGAACUUAGCCGCUAACUGCGAAUAUAAUUGGGUAUGGACUCCAUGGGACACGACUUCUUCUGCAGUAAAAUACAGUGGCGCCAUACAAAUCAAUGACAAAUUUGAAAGUUGGACAGAAUUUAUCGACUCGAAAAUUAAGUUUAACAGACAAGACAUUUUGCAGACCAUUUAUGUUAAGGAAACAAUACGACUCAGCCUGGAGAGCGUCAAACCUGCGCAAUGUGGCCUUGUGAAUAUUUUCAAUGGCUCUUGGUUUUCUCCACAUAUAAAUUUCAUGUAUAAAAACAUGCCAAUUAACAUGAAUUAAAGUGAAGUAAAGAAAUAUAAAUCAAACACGCGUGUUUCAUACGAUACUCUUUAGAUAAACUAUAUCUAUAUAAUUAUUAGAUAUCUCAUAGAUCUAAAUGUUGUAUUU